AUGGCUUCUCCAAUCGUCGGCACCGCACCCGUCGGGUCUCCCCCGCACGAGACCCAGACACAGAGCCCCGCCAUCAUGGUCAUCGGCUCACUCAACGCCGACCUUGUCACCUAUGCCCCGCGCAUGCCCGUGGCCGGCGAGACCCUGGCCGCCAACGGGGUCCGCACUGGCCUCGGCGGCAAAGGCGCCAACCAGGCCGUUGCCUGUGCCAAGUUGGGUCGGCGGUCGCCUGCCAACAGAGGCGUGAAUGCGACAGCGGCAGCGGCAGCGGCACCCGCUCGCGCCGUCGCAGCUGUGUACAUGGUCGGCGCUGUGGGCGAUGAUGUGUACGGGCGAAAGGUGACGUCAGCGCUGUCGUCCGUCAGCGUCGACACGUCUGGCGUGGCUGUCCGCGCCGGCCAAGGCACCGGUGUCGCCGUCAUCUUGGUGGACGAUGCGGCCGGCGGCGAGAACCGCAUACUUUUGUCGGCCGAGGCAAAUGCGACACUCCAACCACAAGUCUACGCCGCGUCUCUCUCAUUGACGCCCGAGGACUGCCUCCCUGGGGCCACGCUCGACCUUGAUGCGGCAGCGGACAGGCGGGACAGCGAGCUGGCGCGCUUCGCUGGCCACUUUCUGCAGCUGGGCGUCCAGCAUGUGGUCAUCACCCUAGGCGGCGCGGGGGUCUACAACGCCAGUGCUUCGACACACACGCACAGUGGCCUGGUCCCCGCCGCCCCAACCACCGUUGUCGACACGACCGCCGCCGGCGAUACCUUUAUCGGCGCCUACGCGCUGGGUCUCGUCCAGGGCAAAACCGUUGCUGCCGCUGUGGCUUGGGCCAAUCGUGCCGCUGCAGUGGCUGUCGGUCGGCAGGGCGCACAAGAGUCGAUUCCUUGGAUGGACGAGGUGAAGGACGCCGACGCAUGA